AUAGCAGGCAGCGAUCCUCGCUCGUCGGUUCGAUCGCGAGAUCAGACGGCGCGAUGAUCCCGACCGUCCGAUCUCUCCCCCUUGUCGCCGUCGUCGUGCUCUCCCUCUUCUUCGUCGUCACGCUCGCUUCCGAGUCCGAUCACAAGUACCAAGCUGGAGACCGGGUGAUACUUUGGGUAAACAAGGUUGGUCCAUACAAUAAUCCUCAAGAGACGUACAACUAUUACCACCUACCAUUUUGCCAGCCUGCUGAGAACCCUACACACAGAUGGAGUGGGCUUGGAGAGGUUUUGGGUGGAAAUGAGCUGAUUGACAGCCAGAUUGAGUUGAAAUACCGCCAAAAUGUUGAGAAGGCCUCCAUUUGUCCAAUUGAACUUGAUGCUAUGAAGGUGAAGCAGUUUGCGGAUGCAAUAGAGAGCUCAUAUUGGUUUGAGUUGUUCAUAGAUGAUCUGCCAUUCUGGGGUUUUGUUGGGGAGACUGACAAAAAUAACGAGAACAAGCACUAUCUUUUUACGCACAAGAAUGUUCUUGUUAAGUACAAUGGAGAACAGAUCAUUCAUGUCAAUCUUACUCAAGAAAGUCCAAAACUCUUGGAAGCUGGGAAGACAGUGGACAUGACUUACUCAGUUAAAUGGGUACCUACAGAUGUAACAUUUGCACGUCGUUUUGAUGUUUACUUGGAUUACCCUUUCUUUGAGCACCAGAUUCACUGGUUUUCCAUCUUCAAUUCUUUCAUGAUGGUCAUUUUCCUAACUGGGCUGGUGUCAAUGAUAUUGAUGAGAACACUUAGAAAUGACUAUGCCAAGUAUGCUCGGGAAGAUGACGACCUGGAAACUCUGGAAAGAGAUGUGAGUGAAGAAUCUGGAUGGAAGCUUGUUCAUGGGGACGUCUUCCGGACUCCUCGCAACUUAGUUCUUCUUUCAGCUGUUGUUGGUACUGGUGCGCAGCUGGCAUUGCUCGUUCUUCUAGUCAUUGUGUUGGCUAUCGUUGGGAUGUUGUACAUCGGGCGAGGAUCUAUUGUCACGACUUUCAUAGUGUGCUAUGCUCUUACAUCGUUUAUUUCUGGUUAUGUUAGCGGUGGGCUUUACUCAAGGAAUGGGGGUAAAAGCUGGAUAAAGUCCAUGAUACUCACAGCAUCAUUGUUCCCAUUUAUGUGUUUUGGAAUUGGUUUUGCAUUGAAUACGGUUGCUAUCUUCUAUGGGUCGCUAGCAGCUAUUCCUUUUGGGACUAUGGUGGUUGUCUUCAUAAUUUGGGCAUUCAUCUCCUUUCCUUUGGCACUUCUAGGCACUGUUGUUGGCAGGAACUGGAGCGGAGCUCCAAAUAAUCCUUGCCGUGUGAAAACUAUCCCUCGUCCUAUUCCUGAGAAAAAAUGGUAUCUCACCCCUUUUGUGGUUUCACUCAUGGGAGGACUUCUUCCUUUUGGCAGUAUCUUCAUUGAGAUGUAUUUUGUCUUCACAUCCUUCUGGAAUUACAAGGUGUAUUAUGUCUAUGGUUUCAUGUUGCUGGUUUUCUUGAUCCUCAUUAUUGUCACAGUCUGUGUAACCAUUGUGGGCACAUAUUUCUUGCUGAACGCCGAGAACUACCACUGGCAGUGGACUUCAUUCUUUUCUGCUGCUUCCACGGCUGUCUAUGUGUACCUUUACUCUAUUUACUAUUAUUAUGUGAAGACCAAAAUGUCAGGCUUCUUUCAGACUAGCUUCUACUUUGGCUACACUCUAAUGUUUUGUCUCGGUUUAGGAAUACUUUGUGGUGCUGUUGGUUAUCUGGGCUCUACUCUGUUUGUGAGAAGAAUCUACAGAAACAUCAAAUGUGAUUAGCCAAGAACCAGACGAGGGGUGUCUUAUGAAGCCAACACAUUCUCCUUAAGUGCAAGACUGCGUGAGCUUAAGGUGAAUCGCCGAUUAAAAUAUUUUGACGCUCACCAAUGCAAGGGAUGCUAUAUUUUCUUUACGCUUCAGUUCCCUUCUGAUCUCUGUUGUUAGGUGCUGAAUUCGUUUCUCAUGUAGUUAGCAGCAAUACUUUAUCCAGUGCGGACGUAGUGUUAUAUCUGGCAGGCAACAUAACACACUGCUUUCUUACUUGAUUUUGUUGUGAGCAUGAACCCAAGAGUUGUACCUGUUCUGUCAUUUGUUUUCUCCUCUUUUUACAGCCCCUAUUUCAUCUAA